CGGAGGAGAUGCGCACUGGGAGGGUGCUGGAGGUGGUCGGUCGCGUUCGGGAGGCGGGGUAUAAGCCGAGUGAGCAGUACCGGGUGUCGAAGUUCCUGGCGAUGGCGGUGGUGAAGAAGCUGGCUGGUCUGGUUGACCCGUCCGAGGUGCUCGUCACGGCCGUGUGCCCUGGAGGCGUGGCGACGAAUCUGAGUCGGGGGUGGACCGGCGUGGUCGCCACGGUGGUUAAGGCGGUGCUGAAUGCGCUGGCGUUGAGGACGCCCGAGUACGCCGCACGGAGUGUGGUCAGCGGAGCGUUGCUGGGAAGCGAAGCGAGCGGGAAGCUGUGGUACGACGACGAGUUGCACGAGUUAUCCAAUCUUGCCGGCGACGAGGGGGAAGAGCUUGCCAGCAAGAUCUGGGCCGAGGUCACAGAGGCGCUGCGGCGAGACUUGCCCGAGGUGGACGAAGUCGUGAAGACAUUGCCAGAGCAUAGGACCGCAGUCUCGUCCCAUUAAUCGAAUGUUGACUUGUCAAGCUCCAUUCCGGGUCAACGGCGGCUUCGUAUUAGUC